AAAUACUGGGAUGGCAUCCAGCGGGGUAUAUUCUUGCCACUUUUUACGCAAUUUAAUAUCCUUGUAUAUUUUGAAUUAUGAUUUUUAGAUUUAAUCAGGAAAUAAAAAAUUGGGUUUUUUAAGGAUUAUAUCCCAAACAAAGAUUAUUUCCCCUUGCUGUUUUUAUCCAUAUCUUUUGUACAGAACUUUUUUUCAACUCCACAAAUUUCAGUUUUUUAUCAAUGUAAACCAUAAUUCUGGCACAUAAUGGAAAAAAAAGACAACAACUGUUGCUUUACAAAUUGCCACACGUUUUUGAUAGUGUUCCUAUAUACAAUACCUUUCUAUUAUGACAGAGCAUGAAAGAGUUGAAGAAACAGAUUACACUGUAUUGCUCAUUUUUUCCCUAUUUAUUUGUUUUAACCGAAAAACCUCUAUUGCUUUUAUUCUAGAUAAUAACAAAAUGGCUUCUGGUGAAGAUAAAAACCAAAAGGAAUUACAAAAGCUAUUAAAAAUGAGCUUAAAAUUAACAGACCAAGAAUUACAAACAUACGCAAAUACCGAAAUGGGAGAAGAGCGUAAAAAAUGGUUGCAAGAUGCGAUUAACCAUGUUCUCGAAAACGACGAUGGAAAAAAGUUGACCAUGUUUUCAGAAAUGCUUUUUACCUACAACCCUACUUCUGUUUUCACUGAUUCACAACUUGCUGAUUUGGAAAAUGUUUUAGACGCUAUCAAUUUCCUUUGUGAAGGGAUGGACAUGGGAUUAGAUUUUAAUAAAAUGGGUGGUCUGAAAUUUUGUUUGGAUAUGCUUAAAUACACUCAGUAUUCAUCACUGCAAUGGAGAACUGCUGAUUUGAUUGCAAACUGUGCACAAAACAGCCCCAUAUGUCAAAACACAUUGCUCGAACACAACGGAAUUGUUAUUCUUUUAAAAAAAGUUAGAGAAACAGAUGUUGAAACAGUUCGAAUUAAAACAUUAUAUGCACUUUCAUCGGCUGUUGGGUCUCAUGAAGCAGCAGAGAAGCUUUUCAUUCGUUUAAAGGGAGUCAAUCAGUUGAUCUCUUUAAUGAGUAAUGAGAAUGUGAAAUUACGACUAAAGUCAUCGUUUUUCCUAAGGAAACUAAUUUGCAGUGAUUUUGCUCACAAGGAAAUCGAUUAUGCUGAAGUGGCGAAUAAACUAGUAGAGUUGUUAAGGCAUGCACAUGAUGAAACUCAUGAGAAUAUAGCAGGUGUUCUUUUGUUCUUAAUGCAAAAAGAUGAUGUUAUUAAAAGUCAAUGCAAGAAAAGUAAUGUAGCUACGUUAUUGCAAGAGCGUAUAACAGACUUGGCAGAAAAAGAUGCUGAGAUGUAUGAAAAGGAAAUUGACAUCUAUAUGUCUAUUGCAAAGCUUUGAUAAACUGACAUGUUACGUCUUACACAAACGUCACUACAUUUUAAGUCACAAAGAACUAUAUUCUCCAUCACUAUUUUUAUAUAAGUUGUAAUUUUUAUGUAUAUCUUGUAAUAAUUGGGACACAACUUUGAUCUGGUCAAGUUGGGCAUAAAUUUAUAAAUACAAGAACACAAUCACAUAAGUCAA